ACAGAGCAUAAACUUAAUCAUUUUGGAUAAAACUAACUAUGUCCCCUCUGAGGAUCAAAGCAAGGCAAGGACAUUUCAUCACACUGGUGCUGCUGUCAUGGGCCGCUGUGGAGGUGCAAGGAGGCUGUCCACUGAAAUGCUCUUGUCCUUCCUCGCCCCCCUCGUGUCCUCCGGGUAUAAGUUGGGUUCUGGACUCAUGUGGGUGCUGUCGGGUCUGUGCCAGGCAGUUUAACCAAGACUGCAGCCCUACUGAGCCCUGCGACCACAUUAAAGGACUGCGCUGCCACCUAGGGGCCGCUGGAGACCCUGACAGAGGCGUGUGUAGAGCUGAAGCUCAAGGUCGUCCAUGUGAGUUGGAUGGACGGGUCUAUCAGCACAGCGAGGACUUUCAGCCAACUUGUGAGCAUCAGUGCACGUGUGUGGACGGAGUAGUUGGCUGCGUCCCACUGUGCCCACACCGCAUCUCUCUACCCGACUGGCGCUGUUCCCGCCGCCGCCUCACCAAACUGGCCGGCCGCUGCUGCCAGGAGUGGGUGUGUGAUGAUGACAACCGCAUUGCUGAAGUGGAUCCGUUGCCUGACGCUCAUCCACAAAAGCACACAGACCUAAUAGGCAACGAGUUAAGUGUAGCUCCAUCUACUUCUUGGGACAGCAGUGCAGGAGCCCCUUAUCAAGAGUGGAUUUCAUCCUUUAAGUCCCACGACUUCCUUCCACCCACCUGCUUACUGCAGGUCACUGAUUGGUCCCCGUGCUCAGCCACCUGUGGAAUGGGCGUGUCCAGCCGUGUAACCAAUAGUAAUCCUGAGUGUCAGCUCCUCAGUGAAACUAGGCUCUGUCAGAUACAGGAGUGUGGCCUCAACCCUGCACCAUCACUGAAGAAAGGAAAGAAAUGUCAGAGAACCACACGACCACCGAAACCUGUACAGAUCGUAUUUGCAGGAUGCUUCACUGUUCGCCGUUACCGGCCUCGUUCAUGUGGAUCCUGCUCAGACGGUCGCUUCUGUGUUCCCUCUGUGACACGUACAAUCCCUCUACACUUUCACUGUCCCGAGCCAGAACGAGACGACUUUACCCGCAACGUCAUGUGGAUACGCCGCUGCAGCUGCAGUCAAAGAAACAGCAGACAGGGCCUGUCAUCACAAGCAGAGUUCUUCAAUCUGCCAAAUGAUAUACACACAUACACACACUGACAUUAGUUUAAGAACACAUUUAAAGGCAUUUUCUCAAUUUUCUACUGUACCUAAUUUUCUGUGGAAAUGUUUUAGUCCAGCAUUCAUCAAUACAACAGUAGUCUCAAUAUAACAAUAAUAUGUAUAUAAAUUAUAUAUACAUUGCUGUUAUAUCAGGUUUGACUGUAAAGC